ACCCUGAUUGGUGGAUCCCAGGCGCUUUAUCGCGGUGAGUUUGAAACUGCUGGCACUCGGCCUGUGAGCUCCGGGAGUCGCUGCGUCCGCGCAGUCCGGAACUGCGGUGUGGCCGCCGCGGGAACAAGAGAGGGUCCAUCAUAACCUGUGGAGUAACUAUGGAAGACUAUAUCAAAAUAGAGAAAAUUGGAGAAGGUACUUAUGGUGUGGUGUAUAAGGGUAGACACAGGACUACUGGCCAGAUAGUGGCCAUGAAGAAAAUCAGACUUGAAAGUGAGGAAGAAGGAGUGCCUAGUACUGCGAUUCGGGAAAUUUCUCUGUUAAAAGAACUUCGCCAUCCAAAUAUAGUCAGUCUUCAGGAUGUGCUCAUGCAGGACUCCAGGUUGUAUCUCAUUUUUGAAUUCCUGUCCAUGGAUCUCAAGAAGUACUUGGAUUCUAUCCCUCCUGGUCAGUUCAUGGAUUCUUCACUCGUUAAGAGUUACCUGUACCAAAUCCUCCAGGGGAUUGUGUUUUGUCACUCCCGAAGAGUUCUUCACAGAGACUUGAAACCUCAGAAUCUAUUGAUCGAUGACAAAGGAACAAUCAAACUGGCUGAUUUUGGCCUUGCCAGAGCUUUUGGGAUACCGAUUAGAGUGUACACACACGAGGUAGUGACGCUGUGGUACCGAUCUCCAGAAGUGUUGCUGGGAUCAGCCCGUUACUCCACCCCUGUUGAUAUCUGGAGUAUAGGCACCAUAUUUGCAGAACUGGCCACUAAGAAGCCACUUUUCCAUGGUGAUUCGGAGAUUGACCAGCUCUUCAGGAUUUUCAGAGCUCUGGGCACUCCUAACAAUGAAGUGUGGCCAGAAGUAGAGUCUCUGCAGGACUACAAGAACACGUUUCCCAAGUGGAAGCCAGGGAGCCUUGCCUCCCACGUGAAGAACCUGGAUGAAAACGGCUUGGAUUUGCUCUCAAAAAUGCUAGUCUAUGAUCCUGCCAAACGAAUCUCUGGCAAAAUGGCCCUGAAGCACCCAUACUUUGAUGACUUGGACAAUCAGAUUAAGAAGAUGUAGCUUUCUGUGGCAGUCCUGCCUGCUGUGGCAGGGCCAGAUAGUGGCAUUUACUGUUGGCUCUCUUCCUUCCUGUCUUGUAUAUUUUCCUUCUGUUUGUCUGUAAACCAUGACCUGGACUUUCCUCAUUUCAUACAUAUAACUUAAUUAACAUGUAAAUAUUAUUCCAUAUGAAUUUAAAUAUAAUAAUUCUGUACAUGUGUA